AUUAGUCUGCGCAACGCCACGUGAAGUCGAACACACCUUUUGUGUCGUUGUCAAAAACAGUCCGCCUAGUGUUGGAAACUUUGAAAUUGGUUAAUUACAAGUUUAGUCCUUUAAAACACUUUAAAAUCCAAGCUUGCGUUUAUGACUAGCCCUCGCAUUUAACAAAGUAGGGUUUCAGCGUUAUUUCAGAGCAUUUGUGUGAAAGUGAAGAGCGCAGUUCAGGUUCUCAUGAUAACUGUUCUCAGAUCUGCAUGGCAUGAGCAUCAAUGAUGGCAGAGCUGGAGGUGGAUCAGUCCAACCUGCCCAGAGUUCAGGAGGUUUGCCAGUGUUUUGCUGUUUUGGAAGAUGGAGCUUUAGCACAUAACCUGCAGGAACAGGAGAUUGAGCAGCACUACACCUCUAAUAUACAGAGGAACCAACUGGUUCAGAAAGACAUCCGUGUAGCCAAGAGUCUCCAAGAUGAAGAGAAACACACAGCUCUCUUGCUUCAGCAGCAGGCCACACGACAACUGGAGGAACGUGAUUCGGAAUAUGCACGAAUGAUUCAGGAAGAGAUUCGGCGGCGUGCGGAGGAGGCCCGGAGGAGGGAGGUGGAAGACGAGGAAAUAGCAAAAAGGAUACAGGAAGAGGAGGAGCUUCGUGUAAGAAACAGAGGCAGUUACCAUAAUAGAGAUGGUCGAGAGACUACAAGUCUUCCACCUUACUCACCUCGGUCUGUUCACCCAUCUGUCGAUCGACACUACAACCGCUCUCCAACCAGAAGGUGGCAGCGCUCCCUCUCGCCCCCUUAUUCAGACUCCGAGGAGGACUUGAUUGACCACAGAAGGCCUACAGUUGUACCCAAUAGUAGUCAAGCAUACCAAGAUAGCAGAUCAACCGUAGGGCAGAGAAUAAUGGGCAGAACUCAUUUAGAUCAAGACAACAGCAGCACAACAAGUCAAAGCGACAGCACUGUCAGCCAAAGAAGCAGGACUUCUCACCUGUCAGGUGGAUGGGGAGACGUGAUCAAAGUCAUAAAGACCGAUUUGAACGAGCAAGGCUAUCUGAGCCACAGUUCUGAGGAUGAACUCUUUGAACCUAUUUACAGACUUGAGAAAAUGCUAAAACAGAAGCAGAGGAGUAACCGCGGUACUAGGCUCAGUCGCCACAGUAGCGUACGAGAAGAUCACAGCCGAACGUGGCACGGAGACGGUUUCAGUCGUGUGGAGAGUUUUAGGGGCGGUGAAAGACACGUCCGUUUCCAGGACGAGAGAAGACGUACGAACAGUUACCAUGGCAACGGAUAUAGUUCAAAUGAAAAUGGUCAUGAUGCUAGGGAGAGGGGCGAUGUGGGUAUACUUUCACCUGGGGUGUUAAGGGGCAAUCAUGCUCAACCUAGAGAAAGUUUAGGGGACCAAAUUCCAACUCAGGGUUUUCGCCGUAACGUUUCAAUGCGACGUAGUUACCAAGGUGAUGUCAGGCUGAGCAAACGGACGUCUGUGCGCGGAGAAAGGAGAACUUCCAACCAAAAUGAUUUGAACUUGGUUAGUAGGGUAAGACCUUCAUGUAAUACACACUUGAUGGAGAUGGAAGAGAGACGUCCAGACCCUUUAAGGGAGGCGGGGAGAUGGGAAGCGGACAGAAACCAGCGUCAGAGAGGUGGCCCAUUAACAGAGGAAAGGAUUAUUGAUACGCAUUACCCUAGACAACACAGAGCCAGGCGAUCCCAAAGUGAACACUUGUGGAGGUUUGAGGAAGAAAGAUCGAGCUCAGACGAGGAGUUGGAGAGGGAGAUGAGAAGGAUGCAGAGACAUCCAUCACACAGCACUCGCUCCCCCAGAGCAGGACCUGUUGCUGGGAGGAGUGGGAUGGCAGCUCUUGACCUGGGAGAACUGGAGCAAGUGCUCCUUGAUGAGGAACUGGCUCGGAGACUUCAGGAGGAGGAGGUGAAAUUGGCUGAGGAGCAGGGGUCAUCUCCUAGGCAGACCUGUCCUAGAGACUUCAGACUGGCACAAGUUGCUCAAGAUGAGGAAAUUGCACGGUUCAUUCAAAAACAAGAGAUUAAAGCUAAACGGAGGUCUGCAGAGCUGGAUCCUGUCGGACCUGGGAGAGGAUAUAGAAAUAUGGUGACCGAGUAUGACAGAAGAGAGUUGCAGAGAGAGAGAAUGGGUUCAGAUGGACUUCAUUCGCCAGUUGACGACUUCACUACAGACCAUCAACUGUCUAGCCCUGUUUCAAUGGCAACACAACCGCAAUCUGUGAGGAACAUUGCAGAAGAACUGGACCCAACCUUUCAAAGACAGGAGAUGGCUGAUGCAGGACUGAGAAUUAAUGGUCCCCAACAAGUAGAUUCAUCGAACCCAGCUGAAGAACAACCUUCAUUUGUGCCACCCACAAAACGACAAAAUGAAAAACUAGGACGAGCAAAGCCCAAGGACAAGAAGGAAAAUAUUAAACAGAAAGAGAAUUGCAAGCAGCAGUGAUAAUGGACAAAUGACAAAUCAAUAUGUAUGCAAUAUAUAAGAUUGAAAGUAUAUAUAUAUAUAUACAACUCCCAAAGGUUUGGGACUUUCCAGUCUUCUGUUGUAAGAUAUUUUUGUAAUCAGCAUCUCAAAAUGGGGGACAAUCCAGAUAAUGCAGCUAUUUACAGAUAAAGCCAUUGUUAAUCGUGAUGAACUUGCCAGCGUCACACUCGCUUACACUUUGCCGUUUCACUUUUAUUCAGUGGCUGGUGUGUUACUGAUGGGGGAAAGCUCCCAUUAGUACUUUUCUGGAAUCCUAAAAUCAUACCAUUCUAUGUUAAAGUGAGAUGGCACAUGGUUGAGUAAACCUCUCUGGAGUUUUUCUGUGUAAUUCUUCUCUAAAGCGAACCGUUUUUUCUUGUACUUUUCUUUUUGGAUUCCAGGAACUGCACCGGUCUUAAUUUGCAUUGUCAUUCUCAUUUGGCACAAGAAUUUUUAUGGUUUUGUAAAAGAAGCAAAAACAAAACUACAUAUUUAUAAUGACAUCACAUAUACAAGGUAAAAGGCUGCGACUUUAGUAUUUUCAUCGAUUAUAUUUUUACACUCGGGUUGAGUGAUGCUGUUACAUAUUUUCAUGAUAUUCAAUACUUCACAACAUAAUGUAAAUAAUGUGUUAAUGGUCAUUCACUGCUUAUACGCUUAAGCAAAUGCCUUGUACAGAAGUCACAAAGUCUGUGUUAAAUAUCAUCACUACAAAAAUAAAGUUUUACAUUUACAACAACAA